GUGGUGGCGCCUCAUGCCGCACGUGGGCUGUUGAUAUGCAGAGAAGUUGAGGCUAUUUUAGUAGUUACGAGCGGCUGCUAACGUUUCUGUUUUGAGAAAACAAACAGGGAGAGGGAAAGGUUGUCGAAACGAGCACUUUGCUGGCUAAGUGGGUUGCAGGAUGAACGAUGAAGAGAGCAAAGGAGCCCGCGCAGUGUGCAGUGAAAAAGCCUGGGCCGCCCUGUGUUAUGAUGGCUGUGGAGUCCAGUCCGCAGUUUCCGUCUCUCCUCAGUAGUCUCCGUCUCUGGCAGCGGCGGAGGGCGGCAAGGUUAGCACUGUAUGUAUAUGAAUAUCUGCUCCAUGUAGGAGCACAAAAAUCUGCGCAGACAUUUUUAUCAGAGAUAAGAUGGGAAAAAAACAUCACAUUGGGCGAGCCCCCAGGAUUCUUACACUCUUGGUGGUGUGUGUUUUGGGAUCUGUAUUGUGCCGCUCCAGAAAGACGUGAAACAUGUGAACACUCAAGUGAAGCUAAAGCCUUUCAUGACUAUAGUGCUGCAGCAGCUCCAAGUCCAGUGCUAGGAAACAUUCCCCCAGGAGAUGGCAUGCCAGUAGGUCCUGUACCACCGGGUUUUUUUCAGCCUUUCAUGUCCCCGCGAUACCCAGGAGGCCCAAGGCCACCUUUAAGGAUACCCAAUCAGGCACUUGGAGGUGUCCCAGGAAGCCAGCCAUUAUUGCCUAGUGGAAUGGAUCCAACACGGCAACAAGGACAUCCAAAUAUGGGUGGGCCCAUGCAGAGAAUGACUCCUCCUAGAGGAAUGGUUCCACUAGGACCUCAGUCUGACCCUUGGUUAUCAUUGCAGAACUAUGGAGGUGCAAUGAGACCCCCACUGAAUGCUUUAGGUGGCCCUGGAAUGCCUGGAAUGAAUAUGGGUCCAGGGGGUGGUAGACCUUGGCCAAACCCUACAAAUGCAAAUUCUAUACCAUACUCUUCUGCGUCGCCUGGGAAUUAUGUAGGCCCACCAGGAGGUGGAGGGCCACCAGGAACACCCAUCAUGCCUAGUCCAGCAGAUUCAACCAAUUCUGGAGACAAUAUGUACACUUUAAUGAAUGCAGUUCCUCCUGGACCCAACAGACCUAAUUUUCCAAUGGGACCGGGGUCUGAUGGCCCUAUGGGUGGAUUAGGUGGAAUGGAUUCACAUCAUAUGAAUGGAUCAUUAGGCUCAGGAGACAUGGACAGUAUCUCCAAAAACUCUCCCAGUAAUAUGAGCAUGAGCAAUCAGCCUGGGACCCCUCGAGAUGAUGGUGAAAUGGGUGGAAACUUUCUAAACCCUUUUCAGAGUGAAAGUUAUUCCCCCAGCAUGACAAUGAGUGUGUGAUCCAUUACCAAGUCUCUUCAUGAAGGCUGCACUGAGUUGGCCCUCUCCAGAGAGCUACUAAAGAAGAAAAUUACUCAUCCCUGUGUACAGUUUAACAGAAACAAUCUCAGCCACAAUUGGACCCACCAUUUUUUCCCAAUCAUCUUUCCAGUUUUGUGAAGAAAGUGGGUCCUGAUCUGGUUUCAGCAAUUAUGUGGCACAUCAGAGCUGCCCAAGACUGAACUGCAAACAGUUAUCUGUGUAUGUAUAUGUAGGGAUAGGUGUAUGUAUGUGUGUGUUACAGAGACAUAGAUAUGCGCACAUACAUAUAUAAACCUGCAGGACGUUGUAAAAUAUUAUCACAUGACAUCUUAAGUAGAAAUAAGAAAUAGGGACUUUUAUUCCAUCUUUUUCAUGUUUACAUUUUAACUAUUAAAAAAACUGCUUCCCUCUCCCCACCUGAACUGUUCCAUGCUGUUUAUAUCACUGCUUUGUAAGUUAUUUUUUAAAGAAGAUCUCAGAUAAGUUCUGUUUUUUGUCAUUGCCAUCAUGGAUAGGAAUAAAACUGCUUAUAAGAGGGCUCUCAUAAGGUUGUGUUUGAUACCAGUAAUCACGUGAACUGAAAACUACACUGUCUCAAUAAACUGAAGAAAUGCAUUAAUCUUAUUUAACAAGUAAAACAUGUCCUUUGCCUAAAAAGUGAGAGAAAAGAACAUGGAAGGGGUUCUUUCCCUGAUGCUUCAUAGAUACUUAAUACUGUGAUCCUUUAUUUGCAUGUUAGUAAGCUCCACUGAUAUAAGACAGAUUUACUGCUAGUAAUGUUUUGAGGGUUGGGGUGCAAAUCCUUCAGUAUUUGUUUUCAAGGGAAGUCUUGAGUUUAUCUCAGCUUCUAUAUCUAUGCAGAGAAAACCAACAUGACUGUUGGGCUCUGGUUGAAUUGCUGUAGCAUGCAGCAAUAAAAGUGGCAGGUUUUGACUUUCUCCCUUUGAAGAAAAUAAAAUAUAUUUAGUAUGAUCUUCCAUAGAUGUAGUAAUUAAUUUUUAAAAAAGAUUCUAUUGCUGAGACAUGCUUUUUCUAACAGUCUGGCAUUGUCUCCCAAGAUGACUUACACCCUAACUCCUAAUUAUCUGUAACAAUGGCCCAUUAACUUUGUUUUUUUGGGGGAGGGGAGUAGAAAGCUUCUUGUCCUUUUUCAUUAGCCCUACUAACCAAUCUCUACCUUUCCUCACCCCACUGUCUGUAAUUUUCCAGACUUCCUCACAUGUUUUUAAGACCAUACAAAUAAUCAGAUUUUUUCCUUUGAAUGUAGCAUCUUAAAGAGCCCUGUAGCAUAUUAAAUAUGAAUAAAUUUAUCCUGUAGUAAGUUUUCAUGGACCAGAGAAAGAUUAUGCCAUGAUAAAUGUAACUUGAUAAUGUGCAACAGGACAAAAACAACCAACUUGGCUACACCUCUGGAAAACUAGUUAGAUUUGUUCUAUAUCAUUGUGGCCUAAAAUGACAGAGGAAUUGAAAGGUCAAACACAAAGGAUUAGGGAGCAGGGGCUGCAAAAGAAAAGGGAAGUUGCAAAAAUCGUCCCCCUUUCCCUCCCAUUCUUGGAAGCCUUUAUUGUGAUCAAAGAGCCUUCUGUGAAUGAAAGGAGAGCAUUAAUCCCAAAUACUUAAUUUUUUCAACCACUCAUUUAUGCACGUGAAAAGGCUUUCUCUGUACCUAAUUUUUCCACUUCUGUUUCCACAUUUUUCCAGAAAGCCACAUAAAGCAAUAGUUAUGAAUAACGUACACAACAUCUAAAGACAGUACUACCUAUAAACGCUGGUUUUUGUUUCCUACUUUCUAAUAAGUUAUUUAUAGAGGGUGGUAAUACAGAGGGCAAAAUUAAAAUAGGAAAUUUAUUUCCAAGCAUUGAUUUAUCUCUAAUAUGCUAAGCAUCCAUUUGUACUAUGUUUUAUAUGCAAGCCUUAAUGCCAAGCCCCCACCCUGUCUCUGCCCCCAAGAAAGAAAUCUAUUUUAGGGCUAAUUAAAAGAAGACUGCUUUCUUCUG